AAUCCUAAGGUAGUCAUGCAAAAAGUAUUCGCUGCGAAGUGCAAUCACAGACACAUCGCUCCAGGAGCUGCAAUAAUCACUUUGGCUGUAUUCGUUGUCGCUUUAAUACAGAAACGAUCUACAUUGAACUUCUACCUAAGUUACAAAGAUGACGACUUGGAUUGCUACUUCAGAGACGAAGAGAAUUUACCUUUCGCUAAUGACCACGACUUCUUGUCUCGAAAGCAAAUUUUCUUCCACGAAACGUCGUGCAAGGGAGGAUUGGAUUCACGUCAAGCUUGCGCAAUCGAGUCAGCGGCGAAAGUUAACCGGGACUGGGAUAUCAAUGUCUUCUUCGUGGGUCCACCAAGCCCUAUGUUUCUCAAUAGCUUCGUUUAUAAAGUCCUCAGUCAGACAAAUAAUAUAAAUUUUUAUAGAGUCAUCAUCUCCAAGUUUAAAGAUGACACGCCAAUGAGACAUUUAAUGCCCACGGACAAAAAGUAUAAUCUGCGGAACAUAGCGGAAAUGCUGCGAUUUUUGACACUUUACAAAUAUGGCGGUGUUUAUUUAGAUCUGGACCUGAUCAGUGUCAGAUCGCUUGGCGCCUUUCCCCCCAAUUGGGUAGCAAAGCUGUCCUCUGGAACGCUAGCUGCAGGUGCAUUGGGGUUGGCGAAAGACGACGUGGGGCGAACAAUAUCCGGACAGAUUAUUCAAAACUUCAACAAAUUGUACGACCCGACCCUGUGGAAUCAAUUGAGCAAAGGCGUCCUUACGCACUCGUUGAGAGAUGUCUGUGCGACCAAGUCUGUUGGCAAAAUGAGUAACCAAACAUGUCCAGGAAUCGUAGUGUUCAAUCGCACACAUUUCUAUCCCAUACAUUACGCGCACGCAGAUCUGUACUUCGCUCCGGGCGAAUUGAACCCCCCGCACACCUAUGGCCAUAAUAUAUGGAACAACCGAUCACGGAGAAUCGCAGCGCCGAGGGACUCUCUGCUUGCCAACUUGGCGAGACAAUUCUGUCCCGUCACUUACCAGAUGCAUGGAGAUAAAUUUGGUUAUUAGGGCUGUUUUCUUGUCAACUGGAUCUCACACUAGACACGGAUUGUGUUUGGCGCCACAGUAGGUAGCCAAAUCUGGCGGACGGGAUAAUGACCUGUAAGUUAAUAUGACUGAUCGUGGUAAAGAAGGGCCUCAAGGCCUCACAGGCCCUCAAGAAGCCACUCUAGUAAUCAUAGCAGUAUGUGCAUUCACUACACGUUCAUUUAUCGCACGCGUGUUCCGCGAAUCAAUUAAUUUGUGAAAGAUUUUAUGUAUUAAGAUUACAAUGUAAUUAGACAAACAAGAAAUGAGUACAAAGAGAAUAGAUAUUACAAAUAUAAAGUUAGUAAAUUAAGUUCGGUAGAAGCAUUAAAAAUAGAAAUGUUAUUUCAGUAUUCAGUACUUAUUUAUUUAUUACUUAACAUGUGCAGUACAUAAUAAAAUUUACUGUUAGGGUUUAGCUAAAAACUUAAAAAUAAGAAACAACAAAGUAGCAAACAAAAAUUAAAAAUAUAGAUUGAAGAUUACCCAACAAAAAUAUUAAAUUGUUUUAAAUAAUAAGUUUUAAGAAAAGAUCAUAUUUCUUUAACGUUUCAAAAUUCUUCUAUUGUGUAUUAAAUAGCACUUUUGUAUGAUGGACCAUAAUGUAUUUUUAUCGUUCAAGUAUUAUGUAGCAUGGAAUCUUAUCAUAUUAUUAGGUACUAUUGACCUGUAAUACGGGCGAUUAUUAAAUAUAGUAACUUCAGGCGAGGAAAGUAUAAGCUAAUGUUGUCAACGUUCGCUUUUAACAUGUUCAAAAAGGAUUAAAUAUUUUCUUACAAAUAUUGCUGUUUCAAGAUAUAAUAAGCACGGAAGAGUAAACAUGGGUUGUUUUAUGAGAAAAGGCUCAUAACCGACUCUACGAUGUGGGUUUAGGAUCAUCCUGAGGCACUGUUUGUGAUGUGCGAACAGCUUCCGCGCGCACGACUGUGUCUGCGAAGGAUAACUCCGGAGCGAAGCCAGUAUUACCGUCAAGUCAAAGUCAAAUUAAUUUUUAUUUCUAACC